CCGCGCCGGGCGCCGCUCGGGCCGGCCGCACGUUGUCUCAGGCCGCAUGAGCGCGCCGGCGUGCUAGCGCAGCGUGCGCGGGUGUGGUAUGCCCGCGCGUCGCCGCUAUGGCCCCUAUGUUGGUGGCCUUGGCGCUGCUGGCUUUGCUGCCCGUAUCGGAGCAAGGUCCUCACGAGAAGCGGUUGCUGAACGCUUUGCUCGCAAACUACAACACCCUGGAACGGCCAGUGGCCAAUGAGAGCGAGCCGCUGGAAGUCAGGUUCGGCCUCACGCUGCAGCAGAUCAUUGAUGUGGACGAGAAGAAUCAACUACUUAUAACCAAUAUAUGGCUGUCGUUGGAGUGGAAUGACUACAACCUGAGGUGGAACGACAGCGACUAUGGCGGGGUCAAGGACCUCAGGAUCACACCCAACAAGCUGUGGAAGCCGGACGUGCUUAUGUACAAUAGUGCUGACGAGGGUUUUGACGGGACAUACCAGACCAACGUGGUGGUCAGAAACAACGGCAGUUGCCUGUACGUGCCACCUGGCAUAUUCAAGAGCACAUGCAAGAUAGACAUCACGUGGUUUCCCUUCGACGACCAACACUGUGAUAUGAAGUUCGGUAGCUGGACAUAUGACGGCAAUCAGUUGGAUCUGGUGCUAAAAGAUGAGGCAGGCGGAGAUCUAUCGGACUUCAUAACAAAUGGGGAGUGGUAUUUAAUAGGAAUGCCAGGCAAAAAGAACACGAUAACAUACGCGUGCUGUCCAGAGCCUUACGUAGAUGUCACGUUCACCAUCAUGAUCAGGAGACGGACGCUGUACUACUUCUUCAACCUCAUCGUCCCCUGCGUGCUGAUCUCAUCCAUGGCACUCCUCGGCUUCACAUUACCACCGGACUCCGGAGAGAAACUCACGCUUGGAGUCACUAUUCUUCUCUCGCUGACGGUGUUCCUCAACCUGGUAGCUGAGACCCUGCCACAGGUCUCCGACGCUAUCCCCCUGUUAGGUGUUACAAUCCUCCUGUCGCAAACUGUUUUCUCUCUAUUGGUGGGACACGUCAUCACAAAAACCUCUGAGGCGAUCCCCCUAAUAGGGACAUACUUCAACUGCAUCAUGUUCAUGGUAGCGUCGUCAGUGGUAUUGACAGUUGUGGUACUCAACUACCAUCACCGGACCGCAGACAUACAUGAGAUGCCGCAGUGGAUAAAAUCAGUGUUCCUGCAAUGGUUACCAUGGAUUCUGAGGAUGUCAAGACCAGGGAAGAAAAUCACAAGAAAGACAAUCAUGAUGAAUACGAGGAUGAGGGAGUUGGAGCUUAAGGAGCGGUCGUCGAAGUCAUUACUGGCAAACGUACUUGACAUAGAUGAUGACUUCAGGCACGCCCCUCCACCUCCUAACAGUACAGCAUCGACUGGGAAUUUAGGACCAGGGUGCUCAAUAUUUCGCACGGAUUUCCGUCGGUCGUUCGUCCGUCCGUCCACUAUGGAGGAUGUGGGCGGCGGGCUGGCUAGCCACCACAGAGAGCUUCAUCUCAUCCUGCGGGAGCUGCAGUUCAUCACUGCAAGGAUGAAGAAAGCAGACGAAGAAGCUGAGCUGAUCAGCGACUGGAAGUUCGCUGCUAUGGUUGUUGAUAGGUUUUGCCUGUUCGUGUUCACACUUUUCACAAUCAUCGCAACAGUGGCUGUCCUGCUAUCGGCACCGCAUAUCAUCGUGCAAUGAACCAACUACUAGGUGCCUCGGGUGUACCGGCACAAGUAUGAGAGAACUAAUUAUUAGUAUGCCGAUUUGUAAUUAUAAUUAAUAAUGUAAUUAAAAUAAAUACGUGUUUGAAGCGCACACGUCUCCUUAAAAGUCUUAAGACAUUAAAUUACGAUAAAUUUACAUUAUUAUAGUUAAGUCGAAUGCUAAUGGAAAUUUCAGCCGGAGCCAGGUAUUACAUUAUGAAGGUCGUUCUGUUUUACGUGUUCUAGUGGCGUAUUGUUGUGUAAUUAUCUUUUUACGAAUGAAAGAAAAUAUUCAGUUUUGUUUCGUAGAAUUUACAAGGCUCCUUGAGCUCAAAUUCCCAUUAGUAAUUAUUAAAAAAAAUGUGAUGUUGACUAGGAUGUUAUACAGAUAAAUGUUGACGUGUCUAAUUUGUUAAAAAACAAUAUUAAUAACUUUAUCUAAACGGUUUGUAUAAACGAAAUAUUAAUGAGGGUUAAUUUGAUGGAAAGGAAUGCUUUGCUGGCACAGAGUUGCACUGAUUUAGAAAAAGAAUCACAAAAGUUUGUCUGGAAAUUGAACUCUUCGAAUGAAAAGUGAGGUUUGAUCAAAAAAGUUUGUAAAACAGAAAGUUUGGUUCUGCGUCAAUGCUGGAAUUAAAAUUGUCGUAAAUUGAAGGAAAGGAAAGUCCUUUGAAAAAUUAGAUUUGAAUCGGUAUCCUUUUUACACGUAAUGAGGGAACACAGACGAUGACAAAACCUUAGGGUAUUAAGUAAUGUACAUAAUGGAUCAAAUAUCGGUAGAGUCAAGAAUAGCUUAACGAUUUAAGAUUAUUCCAUUCGAUAUUAAUAUUCGAUUAGCGAAAGUCGCUACGUUUACAUCGUUACAUAUCGAUUUGAAUCGAUAUGUAUUAUAUAGAUUGGGACAUUAGUGAAGAUUGUGAAAGUAAAUAUUGUAAUUAUUAAAUGAAUAUACUACGAAAAUUUAAUCCAGGAAUUGUUAAACAGUCAUGGAAUUGAUAAGAAUUCAACAUUUAAUACGGAACCAAAGAUAGACUAGGUCUAGCAUCACGGGGUUGAAUAAAAACAUAAUUAGAUCCGAACGCGGAAGGUAACGAGUAUUCAGUAGAGAGGUUUUGUUAAUAAACGUAAUAUCAAAUAAAGUGACAACUGUUAAUAUCUCGUAUCGAUAAAUGGUCAGUUAAUAUGAAUCGUGUAAAAUUAUGAAAGUGUAUCGAUAUGAGAGUAAGUCCCUAGCAACAGAAAUAGUAACUGAUAUUAGACAUCGGUUUGUGUUAAUGUAAUGCUUAGCGAAAAUAUAACAACGCCGUUAAUAUCACUAACCAACACGUAAUGGUAUAUAAUGUACAUACAGAAUAAUGCAGUGUGUAUGUAUUUGUAUAUAAAUUUUAGAAAAAAAUCGGAAAAAAGACUAAAAUAUCGCAUUUUUCACUCUAGUAUUUAUAACAACCAGUCUUAUUGGGCAGGAAUAGUACACUAUUACACGUAAGUACUAUAUACUGUCUUUAUAUUGAUAUCAUCUCGUAAGUCAAGCGUUAUCUGAUUCAUUUCCAACGUAGAUCGAAGGGAGGCGAUCCGAAAUAUUGUCGCGCCCAAUAAGACGGCACAAUGUCACUUCGACGAAUGUUCAAUUGAAAAACUUUUUGAUUGAAAUUGAUUGUUAUCGAUUCCAAUUCGUCAUUGUCUACUCAAUUAGAACCUUUUAGCACAUACUGUAGCAUCUAUAUAAUAGUCGUAUUAUUUAAAAAAUAAACAAUUUAAAGUCUUUAUCUAUGUCCGUUCCUCGAUUUCACUCUUAUAGAUGUCGUGAUAGCCUAGUGAAUGUCGUGUCCCUUGAUUUAAGCUAAACUUAUAAUGAAAUAACUAUUGUUAAGGAAGCUCAUUAAAACUAGAUAUAAAAUUUACGCAAUCUGAGUGUUUUGCAUAAUUAUUUAAUAUUCUUUUUGAUAUAAAAAUAACAAGAAAAUGUGUUUACACGAGCAGUUGUAGUGUUUUCUUGGAUUCGCAAUUGUGAGUCUAGAGAGGCUCGGAACGAUCGCGUCUCAAGAGAAAAAUACAGCGUGUUCUCAAAUUGUAUUUAUCAGAGUAAUGUAUCAUUGUAACUUAAUUAUGUUAAUGAUUCCUGAGAUUAUGAACGUUGUCGUUUUGCAGAAUUUAUUUCAAACAGUGUGGUGCUGCAUGAUAUCAGGUGUCGACAUUUUCUUUUCGUAUUUAUAAAUUGUUAUAAGUAUAAUUUAAAAUUUCAUAAACCCUAUUGUUAUCUUUUAUUGUGUAUAUUUCAAUUCGAAAGUGAUGAUAAAAAAUAAAAUUUGUAAAAUUAAUUAAUAUAUUUAAUUAGAUUUGUUAGUGCCAAAAAUAGGGUUUAUAAAUAUUGAAGUUAAGUUGGUUUUAGGUAUAAACGAUGAAGUUGAGAUGAUUAUUGUAAAGAAAAUAUAAAAACGAACUAGGGUCUUUGUUAACAUGUAAUUUAACUGGUUAAUGUUUGUAUUGGGCCGCGGCUACGGGUUAUUCAGCCAAUUUUAAACUUAUUUUGUUUGAAAAAAAUAAAUGAGAGGUUGUGAAAUCGAAUGUUAAGGCCCGUGGUAGCGGUUCAAUGAUAAAAUAUAAUAAAAAUAUUGAUAAAUAAAAAAACGAGUAGAAACGAUCUACGAUAUAAUAAAACCUGAAUAAUAAAACGCCUGCAUGGGACCGGGUUAGACUAUAAACGAACAAAAUGAACUGACGUACGUAAACCACUUCAUAUGAAACGCAAACACAUUUUACAAGCAGUUACUAUUGUUUUAAUCUCUCACUUUUACAACAUUUCGUAUCUUGUAGCGAAUUUUCUGAAACUUUAUGACAAUUUGUUCACACUUCAAUGUCAAUACAAAUUGUAUGGGGGAACUAGCAACACUGACUAAACAUUUUCUUCUAAAUAAUUCAAAAUUAAUUAAAGAGUAAACCAAUUUUCGGAGCCACAUUUAAAAAAAACCUGGCCGUAUUGAUGACGUGAUUCGAUAUUUGAAAAGUCUAUUUCAUAUUUCAAAAAGAGAAUCAUCUACUAACAGUUUCUUUCAAGCAAAUAAUGACAUUAUUUGACACAUUGUGUCAAAAACAUUCGGAAAGUCGGUGGAGUAACGUUUCCUCAAAUAUUUUGUAGAUUUUAAUCUUUAAUCUAUUUCCGAAUUUCACUUAACUCUGAGGAACAGUUUACACACUAUCGUCUAUUUCUACACUAAUACGUAUAUGUAUACACAUCUUUAUAUAAUUUUAAUGUUUGUAUGGCAUAUGAAAACUCUUUGAUGAAAAUUUCGAUAUUUUUUUAACUAUAUGUAAUUUAGACCAAAUUAAUUAAUGUUUUUUUUAAUGAACUCUUUUAAUUUAUACAAUACUGGCAAAGAAUGUACGAAUCAGAAUGUUUAUGAGAAUUAAUUAUGUUCUUUAUAAUUUUAUACAAAAUUGAAUAUUUAAAUAUAUAUACGUACAUAUGCCAUACAAACGGCUCUGCAUACUGCACAACAGAAACAAAAUGCUUUAAUCGUGAAACAGGUAUUUUGGAUUUCCAUGUAUAUUCUACUUCGGACGCUGUAAACUAAGAUUUUAACUAUUUCAAGUCUCAUCUACUCUUGUGUCGUUUAUUUAGCGGUAAGGAAUUUACAGCUAUUUUGGAAAAAGCAAACUUGUUUAUCAAACAUUUUGUUGCCAAGGACCUAAGAACCUAACGCUAUAGACUUAAGUUCUCUCUCAAAAAUACAAUUUUUAUGUUCUCAAAACAUUUGUCGAAGGCUGUUUUCUUUCAUUCUCUGAAGCAAUCUAUUUUAAAGAAAAGUCAAUUUUAGGAUACGAUAUCGAUGCUCGUUUUUCUAAGAUCGAAUAAUGUAGUGUACCUUUUCACGUAACACGUGAUGGCGGCCGAUAGUGACAUCUUGUUUGCUCAAAGACCCGCCGCCAACGAAGCCGCGAUACAACCGACUAGUCGAGCGCUAUUGACACAUGUCGAGUCUGUUACUCUAUGGACACGAAAACGCGGGAAAUACCUUUGAAUUUAGAAUCUGUAAAAGUUGCCACUACGAAAAAUAUUUUUGCCUCUUCUUGCUUACUGUUUUCUUUUUCUGUAAGUUUUGCAACAAGAGUAAAUAGACAGAAAUUAAAUGUUACAUUAACACAGUUCAAAGAAGUGGUUCUUUCGUUCUUUGGCCAACAAAUCUAAGUCUGUCUCAUUCAAUCGCUAUGUAGGCUACAUCUAUUGACAUUACACCUGGUGGUUGCUCGCUUACUCACACCAUCUUAUGUAUGCAACAAUUUAAUAUACUUGAAUAUUUAUGUUAAUAAACUCACACAUUCUCACACGCGCUGGGUGUAGCUUUAGUACCGAACCAAUUUCAAUUAGGUAAUUUGUUCAUACAGCCUGCUUUGUGAAAUUGUUACAAUUAAUUAGUUCGUUUCACAGAAUUAUUUGUUUUAAGUUGCUGGGAGAACUUAAACGGAAUAUUUUCUUGCAGAACCUUUAGACCUUUAAUGUUCUCGAACAGAGGAUUUCAUUAAAGUAUUAUACAUAUUCAUGGCUACGCCUACGAUUGUCUGAGAUCAAGGAGAAAUUAUUUUCAGUUAUGUUUUACCUCGUGUUUGACGAAUUUGCUUCUUUUUUCCUUUAACAAAACAAAAUGGCGGAUCGAGAGCUACACCCACGCGCGUUCAGAAACACGUAAUAACAUCGACCAAACUUAUUUUCAACUAUCGAGCUUCUCAAAUAUAGUUCGAUAUUUAUUUUACUAAAUCACACAUAACUCCACAUUGUGUUCCUGUGGCUUAACCAUAGUCGAAAUAAUUAAUUAAAAUUAUAAUAAAAAUAUAUACGACUGCAGUAAGUUGAUUAAAUACAGCCGAGUGUAAUGUAAGUUUAUAAUGAAAAGCCCCUAUGGAGGUUUUUAUAAUAGAUGAAAAAUAAUAAAAAAUAAAAUACAAAGGUAAAUUUGUAAAAAUAAAUACAACGGGUAAAAUGUUUAUUCGUUAAAUUGACUAUCGUAAGUAGUAUUCGAUUUGUAUAAAACUAAAAUAAAUUAAAGCAAUCUGAUUUAUAAUA